CUGCUCCGCCGCUGAGCCUCAUCAUCAGCAGCGUCGCUGCUCGCCAACCACGGUCCGUUUGUCUGUCAUUAAGGUUAGGCGCCAACAGCUGCGCAUGUCGCUUGGGCGUCAACUUUAGACACAGACGGUACUUUCGUCAUUACCACGGAGAUUGUCGUGCAGAAUUUGCAGCCGUCGAAAUCUGCGAGGGAAGUGGAGUGGCACGGAGCAUGAACUAGAUCCAUGGACGUCGGAAGCCACAGUUACACACGACCGCGACACAGCAUGCAGCCGGCGCCAAAUCGAUAGCAUCAAUCCAAUCCAUCCAUAUCCGACAAGGGAUCUCCCUCGCAGCGCAACCACACGGCAGCUCACCUCACGCCUGCCUGCGUUGCUCCUUCCUCGCACCGUGAAGGCUGGCCGAGGGGGUUAAGAAGGCUGGGAGAGCCGAGCCUGACAACCAGAAGAUGCCGCUGCUAUCAGCCGACAAUGGCGACACGAGCAGGAGUGCCAGCCGGCAGCGUGCGCGCACCGAAGUGGCCGAGCACAGGAGCAUGUGGGACCGCCUCAACUUCCAGAAGAUCGGCUCCUGGCUGAAGAAGGACGAGCACACUCCGCCGCCCUCGCCCACCAAGUUUGCCAAGCAGGCGGCUGGUGCCAAUAAAGAGAACAAGGAGGAGAAGAAGGAGAUGAAGAGGCCGCACUCGAGUGGUGGGCUGCUGGGGAGGAGAGGCAGCAAGAAGGUCAUCCCAGGGCUGCCUAGACCCCUGACCUUUAAGCGCAUGCAGAGCGAGAAGAGAGACAAUCUGCUCGAGGUACCCGAGACCGAACCACGGAGAGCUGUCUCGGAAGACCGCAAGAGCUCCGUCCCCUCGAAACGAAACCCCUCGCCGCCUCCAAUGUCCAUGCCGUCCAUGUCUGCCCCUGACGUCCUGAGUCCGAACGAGAGCAACAGUGAGAAGGAGAAGGAAGCGGCUGAGUCAUUUGCAGAUAUAAAACGCGGGGAACGCACAAUUGGCGGAGGACCCGACUCCAACAUACCCGCAGGCGCACGGCAGGUGGAUUACGGCAUAGAAGAACCUGAAGACUACAUGUCUGCCGGCGAAACGUCCACCGUCGAGGGGCCGCCUCCAGUAGAGAGGCCGCCGCCCCCGCCCCUGCCGCCAAUGGAGGUAGCCGAUGCUUUCUCGGAACACGGCUCGCAUCGCUCAGGCUCGGACAUGGACGAUAUACAGUUACAGGAGGAGCUCGAGGCCAAGUGGAUCCUGAACCUCAGCAUGCACUUCCGAGACAUGUCGGAUCGUGAAAAGUUCUUCGUCACAUUCGCCGAGCAACCAAACAAAUGGAGGAGGGUGACAGUAUCGUGCGACUACCGACACCUAGAGCCCGACUCACUCGAGUCUGAUCUCAAGACGCUGCACUACCAGCGCGACAAGAGCUCCCGAAUCUACGAAGCGAUCCGUGACUCCUUGGCGAGCAUUCAAUUUUACGAUACUGUCACGAACCUCAAGCUCGAAACAACGGAUGGUCAGCUCCAUGUGCACGUUACCGAGGAUAUUAAUGAGAUCAUCCCGUAUCCAGCCACGUCAGCAAUCGAACACCUAGACUGCAAGCGCUUCCGGGAGAACGCAGUCACCUUCGACUCCCACAUCUCAGGCUUCGUGUACAAAGUCUCAGUCAACAACAGGACAUACAUCAAGAAGGAGAUUCCCGGCCCAGAUGCAGUCGAAGAGUUUCUGUACGAGAUCAAUGCUUUGAUCAGCGUGCAAGAAUCCAAAUGCGUCAUCAGAUUCGAAGGUGUGAUAGUUGACGAGCAGAACGAGCUUAUCAAAGGCCUGCUAAUCAGCUAUGCUGAGCAAGGCGCGUUGGUGGAUAUGAUCUAUGACUUCAAGCCAACAGGCCAACUUUACUGGGAACGACGUGAACGAUGGGCACGACAGAUCAUCGAAGGUUUAUCCGAGAUCCACGAAGCCGGCUUUGUACAAGGCGACUUUACACUCUCCAACAUCGUCAUAGACAACGACGACAAUGCGAAAAUCAUUGAUAUCAACCGUCGCGGCUGCCCUGUCGGCUGGGAACCACCUGAGCUAGCCAAGCUUAUCGAAAGUGGACAACGAAUAUCAAUAUAUAUUGGUGUCAAGUCGGAUCUCUACCAACUCGGUAUGGUGCUGUGGGCGCUAGCAGAACAGCAAGACGAGCCGGAGCGCCAGCAAAAGCCACUGACCCGCACACUCGAUCGGCCAAACACCGAUGUUCCAGUGUAUUUUCGCGACAUCAUCAGAGCCUGUCUUAGUGACACGCCCCGAGCGAGACCAUCAGCAGCAAACCUUCUCAAACGGUUCCCAGAGGACAUACUAGAUAGAGAUUUCAAGCCCAAGGCUGCUAUCAGAAACAGCGCCUCUACGCACAGGAGCGACAAGGAGUACAUCGACCCCAGGACGGCAGUUGAUCUCGAAGACAUAUCAAAACACCGCCGUCACUCACGGCAGCAGUCGUCGUUCGAGGAGAUUCAUGUGCCCCGUACGGAGUAUCCCACAUCUUCUGGCUCAUAUAUCAUUCCCAACAACGACUCCGAUCGUGGACGCUCCCCUGGCCCUUUGAGCAUUGGCAACAGGACCGGACGGAGUGAAUACUCGCCUUAUCCUGCUCACCGUUCCGUCAUGUCGCUCGACGACUCAGAGCUUGAGAAUGAGCUUGCAAGUCUACCAGCCAGUCGAGAGACGAGAUGGGAGCAAAUCUACAUCGAUGGUGAUACCAAACUUGUCCAAAGAGGAUGCGCCGACCUUGACGUCCACGACUUUACUACACAGGAGCCGAAAGAUAUACACUUCACCGGUCCACCAAGUGAAAUGGAGAAUUCUUUUCUAGGUAGCAGAUCAGCCGAAGACACUCCUCUAAGGGUCUCCUUUGUCAGUGGGCUCCAGCCAACUGAGCCACAUUCCAUGGAAAGCAGUCUACAAGAAUCAUCUGACCGCGGCCGUGACCGAGAGAUUGGAAACAAGACUUCCUUUAGCAGUCGAGGCCGGCAGUUUCAUAUACCUGAUUCUGCCGUGCUCGCCAACCUGGAGUACGACGUUGCCAUGGACUCUUCUGCUUCCAACACUGCACCCCCAUCACGGGUCAGCACUGGUUUCUCCGUCUUCGACCGUCCGGAAGCCUCGCGGAGAACUGGAACGGGUUUCUCAGUCGCACAAGGAUACCGUAUGCCACUGCAUCAAGAUUCUGGCUUUGGCGAGCCCGAGCGGAGAUCGUUCGAAAGCGAGCGCAUGCGCCAAAGUAUUGAAAGCAUCAAAGACCUGAACUUCUCCAGCGAAGACGAGGCAAGAAUCGACGAGCGUCUAUGGGAUGAGAAAAGUGGCCCAGUAUUCGGCGAUGGUGUCCGUGGAGCUGAGCUAGAGAUUAAGCCAGAGCCCAUACCAAUAUUUACCAUCCCAGCUUCGCCGCAGAAGAAAGAGAAGCAGAAAGAGGCGCGCACAUCGAUGCCGCCUCCACCAAUACCCAGUGUUGGACCGUCAAACGUACUGAAGGUUGAAGAUGUUCAAGACAAAGCUUUGGAAGAGAAGAACUCGAACACCACUAUCCGACCAGCCAGUAGUCGUACUCCAGUCUCUUCAAACACAGGUCCAAAACCCGUGGAUUCCAUGGAUGUUGUUUCAGCCGAAACCAAACACAUUUCGAAGAAAGCAUCUAAGAAAGCAAGCACUGUCGGCUCAUCAUCUAAGGAUAAGCUGCCACGAAAGGCUUCACACCACGACCCCUUCCUCGAUGACUACAUGUCACCAGCCGAAGAAUCCGACGGUGACGAAGAUGACAAACAUCGCGCAUCGAACGAUCUCUCUGCCUACCUUUCUCAGUCCAUUUCCUUUUAA